AUGAUGAAAAUUACAUCUGAUGUUGAGAAUGAUGAUGAAAAUAUUACAUCUGAUGUUGAAAACGAUACCAAAAAUGGUACAUCUUAUGUGGAAAAUGAUGACGAAAAUGGCUUAUCUGAUGUUGAGUAUGAUAAAAAUCACAAUGAAAAUGGUACAUUUGGUGUUGAGAGUGAUGACGAGAAUGGUACAUCUGAUGUUGAGAAUAAUGACGAAAAUGGUACAUCUGAUGUUGAGUAUGAUAAGAAGUAUGGUACAUCUAGUAUUGAGAGUGAUGACGAGAAUGGUACAUCUGAUGUUGAGAAUAAUGACGAAAAUGGUACAUCUGAUGUUGAGUAUGAUAAGAAGUAUGGUACAUCUAGUAUUGAGAGUGAUGACGAGAAUGGUACAUCUGAUGUUGAGAAUGUUGAUGAAAAUGGUACAUCUGAUGACGAGAAUGUUGAUGAAAAUGGUACAUCUGAUGAGGAGAAUGUUGAAGAAAAUGGUACAUCUGAUAUUGAAAAUGGUACAUCUGAUGUUGAGAACGUUGAUGAAAAUGGUACAUCUGAUGUUGAGAAUGAUGAUGAAAAUAGUACAUCUGAUGUUGAGAAUGAUGAUGAAAAUAGUACAUCUGAUGUUGAGAAUGAUGAUGAAAAUAGUACAUCUGAUGUUGAAAACGAUACCAAAAAUGGUACGUCUUAUGUGGAAAAUGAUGACGAAAAUGGCUUAUCUGAUGUUGAGUAUGAUAAAGAUCGUGAUGAAAAUGGUACAUCUGAUGUUGAGAACGUUGAUGAAAAUGGUACAUCUGAUGUUGAGAAUGAUGAUGAAAAUAGUACAUCUGAUGUUGAGAAUGAUGAUGAAAAUAGUACAUCUGAUGUUGAGAAUGAUGAUGAAAAUAGUACAUCUGAUGUUGAGAAGGAUGAUGAAAAUAGUACAUCUGAUGUUGAAAACGAUACCAAAAAUGGUACGUCUUAUGUGGAAAAUGAUGACGAAAAUGGCUUAUCUGAUGUUGAGUAUGAUAAAGAUCAUGAUGAAAAUGGUACAUCUGAUGUUGAGAACGUUGAUGAAAAUGGUACAUCUGAUGUUGAGAACGUUGAUGAAAAUAGUACAUCUCAUGUUGAGAAUGAUGAUAAAAAUAGUACAUCUGAUGUUGAGAAUGAUGAUGAAAAUAGUACAUCUGAUGUUGAAAACGAUACCAAAAAUGGUACGUCUUAUGUGGAAAAUGAUGACGAAAAUGGCUUAUCUGAUGUUGAGUAUGAUAAAGAUAAUGAUGAAAAUGGUACAUCUGGUGUUGAGAGUGAUGACGAGAAUGGUACAUCUGAUGUUGAGAAUGAUGACGAAAAUGGUACAUCUGAUGUUGAGUAUGAUAAGAAGUAUGGUACAUCUAGUAUUGAGAGUGAUGACGAGAAAGGUACAUCUGAUGUUGAGAAUGAUGACGAAAAUGAUACAUCUGAUGUUGAGAAUGUUGAUGAAAAUGGUACAUCUGAUGUUGAGUAUGAUGAUGAAAAUAGUACAUCUGAUGUUGAGAAUGUUGAUGAAAAUGGUACAUCUGAUGUUGAGUAUGAUGAUGAAAAUGAUACAUCUGAUGUGGAGAAUCUUGAUGAAAAUGGUACAUCUGAUGGCGAGAAUGUUGAUAAAAAUGGUACAUCUGAUGACGAGAAUGUUGAUAAAAAUGGUACAUCUGAUGCUGAAAAGGGUACAUCUGAUAUUGAGAAUGUUGACCAGAAUAGUAAAUAUGAUGUUGAGAGUAAAGAUGACAAUGUUGUAUCUGAUGUUGGGAAAGAUGGUGAGAAUGAAGUUCAGAAGAAUAACAAGGAUGGUGCAUUAGCCAUUGUUAAUGGUUCAAAGGUUAUAGAAAUAAAGGAUGAAAAAAAAAUUGAAAAAAACAGUGGAGGAUCAGGCAAUAUUCCAGAUUAUGAGUCAUCCCUUACAUACACAACAUGUUGCCCAACUUCCAUUUACCAAUCGACUUCAUUUAACAUUCGACGAUGUCCGUGUCUUUUGUCAUCGAACGAGAAAGAAGCAUACAAGAUGUAUGUUAUAAGUGGAAGACGCAGUCUUAAAGCUUGCCAAUACAAUGAUGCAAUGCAAAAUUUCGCUGCGUCUUACGAACUAUGCGACUAUGACAUUAGAUUGAGAAAAAAGAUUCAAGAAUGUUAUAGUUUGGCCAAACCUGCACGUCAAAGAAAAAAGUAGGACUGUUAUUUUUUUCUCCCUUUUUUAAUGUAGUUUCGUUCCCUGUGUCUAUUUUUGUUUAUUUUCCUAUGUGUUUUGUUUUUCC